UUGUUGGAUAGGUUGAGGGUCUCUAGAGGCGGAAGUGCGAUCCUCCGCUGAAUUGCUAUUGAGUGCUUGCUUGGGGAGCAUUUUCAAUCUGGUUUAUUCGUUGUGAUUGCCUUCGCCUUAGCAGACUUCCGUUCCCUGCGGAGCUCACCCCCUGCGUGGAGAGAAUUUAUAGAAUUGUACCAAGCAGUUCUCUGGGUGAGCUUUUGUGGAGUUGCAUGGGGUGGAAACCAUCGAGAUCUGUCUGUUUAUUGUCAACGCCAAUCGGAAAAUAUGCUUCAGAUAUUUGCAGUAUGACAUCAAAUGGUGGAGCCUUGCAGGUCGCACAGGAGUUGGCGGAGUGCAUUUCAUUGCCAGAUGGAACAAUAGCUCAACUGAGCGUGGCUCGCUCUCUGACCAGAGCUGACUCGGUCAGUAUAGAACCCUUCAGCGAGGAUGAUUGGGAGAUACUGGAGAGCCGUGCUGAUUUGGCUGAAGAAACAAUCUUGCAGCAGGUCGGCAUUGUUUACGAGGGUAUGAAAUUCCCGCUGUGGUUGGAUGGCCAUAAUAUUGUCAAGUUUGUUGUGGUAUCAUCUACUCCCAAGAAGUCAGUUGUUCAACUUGUACCUGGAACUGAAGUUGCUGUGGCACCCAAGAAACGAAAAGAGAAAUACAAGGAUGUGCAAAAGCAAAGUUCACUGAACGAACAAGUUCAAACAAAGGCACUCUUGCGUGUUCAAGCAGCAGAUAAUAAGUAUGCACAUAAAUUCAAAUAUAAGGGCAUUGAACUAGGGGUAGUUCUGAGCUGUGCUGUGCUGAUACAUCCAGAUACAGCUGCAAGGACUUCACUUGGCAAUCUCCAGUUGGUCACUAUUUCAUCUAAAUCGUCACCGAAGGGUAUUCAAAAAGGAAAAGAAGGUGCACAAAAGAAGGGUGUUUUGGCACCCAAAGAAAGGGACCAAGAAAUGGCGGUCUAUGUCUUAUUCUCAGACACUGUUGCCAAAGGGCAUGUUAUGCUGCCCCCGUCCCUUCGUCACUUCAUAAGUGCAGACACUCAUUCAUGGGUUUAUGUGAAAACAUGUUCUGCUAAUGUUAAGAAGGAUGAGCCUGUAAUAACAAUUUCUCCUUUACGUUUUAACAAACAUGGAAAAGAUGAGCAUGAUAACAGUGAUUUAGGCAGCCAAGAAAUGGAUACAUGGAGGAAAACCAGAAUUCAUUCUGAAAAUGGUGAUUCCUUUCAGGAUGCUCGUAACAGCGAAGAUAUUUUGAGUGCAGCUGUCAAUAGCACUUCUGAAUCCAUGUCAGAACAGAAGGUUCUUAUUAAACAUUGGCUUAUUGGGCAGCUGAAAGAAAUGGGCCUACAUGCUGAAACUUCUGAGAUGAGUUCAGUAGUUUUACCAGCCAAAGUUUUGAUCCAUUUUGAAGUGGUGGAUCAGAAACAAAACAGAGGAGUUGAGUUUCUAUACCUGCUAACAAUUGCUUUUGAGAACUCUGGUUACAACAAUUCACAAGAAAAUGUUGAGAUAUCUUGGAAUGCUCGAACUGAUGACCUAGAAAACUUGGAACUGAAUUUUGGGAAGGUAGAGCUGGGUGAGGCUAUAUCUGUUGAUUCCAUAAUGGAUGAUGGCUUCAACAAUGCUUCCAAGUUGACUCAAUGUUCUUUAGGAUGGAUGGAGACUGCAAUAUCAGAUGUGACAAAAAGGCUAUCUGUGCUCUUGUCAUCAACUGCUCUGAGCUUAUUUAACAGAAUAAAGUUCCCCUUUCCUGGACAUGUUCUUGUCCAUGGUCCUCGAGGUUCUGGGAAAACGGCUUUAAUAAGGACUGCUGCAAAAUAUUUUGAGGACCAUAAAGAGAUACUAGCACACAUAGUAUACAUGGAUUGUUCCAAACUUGCGCUUGGUAAGGCUAAGGAGGCAAGGCAGACAAUUGAAGACAGCAUUUCUGAGGCUCUGCUGCAUUCACCUUCGGUUAUCAUAUUUGAUGAUCUAGACAAUGUGAUUUCAGUUUCUUCAGAUCCUCAAGUAUCUCAAUCAUCCAGUUCUUCUGAUUCUUUAGUGAGAUACUUUGCUGACAUCAUGGACGAGUACAAGGAUAAGACUCAGAAUUCAUGUGGAUAUGGACCUAUUGCACUAAUGGCUUCAGUUCAAUCACUUCAGAGUCUUCCUCAAGAGCUAACUUCCUCUGGGAGAUUUGAUUUCCACAUUGAGCUUCGUGCUCUUGCCAUUCCUGAGCGUGAAGCACUGUUGAAACAUCAUGUUGAGGUGCAUGAGUUACAUUGUUCUGAGGAAGUUCUUUCAGAAGUAGCAUCAAAAUGUGAUGGCUAUGAUGCAUAUGACUUGGAGAUUUUGGUUGACAGGGCUGUGCAUGCUGCUGCUUCUCGCUUUGUUCUUCCUUCUGCCUAUUUGAACUCUAUGAAACCAACACUGAUGAAGGAAGACUUCUUGAGAGCAUUGCAUGACUUCCUUCCAGUUGCCAUGCGUGAUCUUUCAAAGUAUGCUCCUGAUGGUAAUGAUGGCGGUUGGGAAGAUGUUGGGGGGCUUAAUGAAGCAGUAACUAUUAUUAAAGAGACUCUUGAAUUACCAUCAAAAUACCCAAACGUCUUUACUAAGGCACCUGUCCGGUUGCGAUCAAAUAUCCUCCUGUAUGGACCACCUGGAUGUGGCAAAACACAUAUUGUGAGAGCUGCUGCUGCAGCUUGUUCUCUGCGGUUCAUUUCAGUCAAGGGUCCAGAGCUGUUGAAUAAGUACAUCGGUUCUUCUGAGCAAUCUGUUCGUGACUUUUUUGCAAAGGCAGCAGCAGCAGCACCUUGCCUGCUAUUCUUUGAUGAAUUUGACUCUAUUGCACCCCAACGGGGAACACACAGUGCUGGAGUUUCUGAUCGUGUUGUUAAUCAGUUCUUGACUGAACUAGAUGGCGUGGAAACCUUGACUGGAGUAUUUGUCUUCGCUGCUACGAGUAAACCACAAUUAAUUGAUGCUGCACUCUUGCGGCCUGGAAGAUUUGAUCGUCUUGUCUUUUGUGAUUUUCCACGAUGGGACGAGCGUUUGGAAAUCCUGAAAGUGCAUUCUCGAACGGUUUCACUAGCAGAAGAUGCCAUUCUGGAAGACGUUGCUUCCUUAACUGAAGGAUUCACUGGCGCUGAUCUUGCGGCAAUUCUAACAGACGCUGGGUUGGCGGCUGUCCAUGAAGUUCUGGACAACAGCAGAGAGACCGGCGUCCCAGAAAGAGAACCGUGUAUCAGCAAAGAACUUCUCAUGUCUGUUGCUAUGAAAGCUCGACCUUCUACGCCAGCCGAUGAUAAGAGGGGGUACGAUAAGGAGUUUGGCGAAUUUGUAUCGUCCAGGAAGUCUAUUUCCACAAAGGCUAGAGAAUCGAAAGGCAAGAAGGUGACGUUAGCUUGAGUACCUCCUUAAACACUGACAUCUAAUUAGAUUGGACAAAUAAGGUGGUGCAUACCAAAGGAAAUGAAUCCAGCAAGUAACACGGUCAAAACUGGACAAGUGACGAACAAUGUUCUUCCAAAAAAAAAAAGUGACGAACAAUGAAGGGAAUCUGCCUGAAACUCUAAUCCUCGUGCUGCUGAAACUGACAGCCACUAGAAGAUUCGACCGUCAAUUCGCAAUACUGUACUUACCAUAGUGCUGUCCCAGUCAGUUUUUUCUCAAUCGUAUUUUUGGAUAUAACAGCGUCCCUUGGUGUAGGAGAUAGAAAAUGCUCACAUGAAGAAUCCCUGGCCUGGCCUUUGGCGGGGUAUGACUGUUUUCCCUUGUGAAUAAGUGGAAUUUUGUUUGGUUAUCUACUGCUGAAUAAGCACCACGUUGGUAUAAAUGAAUAGUUUCGUCAUUAGAAUUUUUGCACCGUCUGGACCA